UGGAAACUGGCUUACCAGACACCCAAUCAGCUCUGUGUGUGUGUAUGGUCAGGCAGACCAUGAAAGUUGCCCUGGAAGGAACCUGGGAGCUUUAUAAACAGGCGUUGCCAUCAAAGGGAGCCAAAGACACAGAUCAGUGCUACGGUCAAGUCCAGGAACUACUGCACAGAGUCUUGUCGUUCUUUGAAUGUUGUAACUCAGUAAAAUGGGCCUGAGCUACUCCAGGACUCAUCAUAAGGUGACAAAAGUGGCACCAGUGCAAACCAAAGAGGAGGUGCCUCCUUCCUCUUGCACUGCUGCAGUAUGUGGAUUUCACAGCACCCUGGAAGAGAGAAGUUUAUGGUCAUUUGCAGCCAUGGAGGAGAGAAAUCCAGUGUUUCAAAGGCAGCUUCCACCCCUAAGAGAAACUCUGUAUGGCAGAUGCUCCACAGUGCCCAGACCCAUUUCUUUUGACAUCAUGAUGGAAAAGGGAGAAACAAGUAUUAUUAAACAGCAUCCACCUCGAAGACUCCAAAAGCUGGAACCAGCUGACCUUCUGAAAGUAAUCACUUCUGAAAAGCUCCUCAGCCAGCAGGAAGGGGCAGCAGCCCGAAAAGCAAAGGAGCUGGAGAAGCGAGUGCAAACUGCAAAAAAUACGUCUGGAAGACGACAGCACUUACACAAGCUACAGAUGUUAGAAAUGAACCGCAAGCGAGAAGAGAUGAAUCAUUUACAAAGCCAGGAGGAACUGCAGAGAAGUCUCCACAGGGAGGAAAAAAUCAACAAACAAAAAACAAGGGAGCUCAGGGCUAAGAAAGUCCUCAAAAAUCUUCCGAGAAACAAUUGCUCUGAAGGUGAAGACCUUGUCCCCAUUGAGCAUGAUCAAACUUUUAAUGGAGACCAUGGAAAUACAUGGGAUGGAGAAUUCUUGGAGCCACACGAAAUGGCUGAAUCCUAUCCCAGUCAGAGCAGUAAAGUGGAAAUGUGGUUCGUAAAGCAUCAGGAUCCAAGAGAUCUAUUUUGGGACAGCUCUAGCACUGACUCAGAAGACUGGAAAAGGGAAGAGCGAAAGCUGGGUCGCAAACCUGCACUAGUGAGAACCAAAACGGAGAGAAUCCCUCUGUUUGAUGAGUUCUUUGAUAAGGAAUUCUAACUGCAAAUGAUCCGGGUGGGACUGGAGUCAUGCACUGAAAAAACUCAGUUCUCUGAUUAUGCUUUAAACCCACUGGAUGGAUAUACUGAUGUUAUUAAGGAUUACUUCUUUUGUGAAGUAAAUAGUUUGUGCAAGUCUGAAGAAAUACAAAGGAACACUGCAGAUACAGAUCUAACUAAACCCAUCUAUUUUUGCUGGUUUCUAAGGGCCACAAUUGUGAAGGUGCAUCUGCUUUAUUGAAAAAUAUAAUGAGAAAUUCAGGGGAAUAUACAACAAUAUACUGGAACUGAAAUUAUUUAUCAUGCAGCUGUUUUAACGCAGCUAAGAUGGGGGUACAUAUGGGAAUGCCAUUGAACAAGAAAUAAAGGGUAACAUUAGUCUUACACUCCUGAGUCAGGCAAAAUGCCUAUUGAUUUUGGCAGGAGUUUUGUGUGAGUUUGGAUUGUAGGAUCAAUGACCCAACUCUCAGGAGAAUUACUCCCUCCUCUUGUCUCAUCCCCCUGCUCACCUUAUUACCUUUGCUCUGCCAUCUUCUCUUUUAAGAGCCUCUUUGGGGGAGAAACAUCUUCAAGGUAGCUCAUAGGCCCUAGCCUGGCACAACCUCACCCUUUUGUCCUAUUGAAAUUUACGUGUACCUAAGCACGAGCACAAGAGGCAUUGUGGAACUAACAAAACACCUGCCUUACCUUGCCAUUCAGUCACACUUUGACCUCUCCAUCCUCCUGUCAGUAUGUCAUCUAAUUAGCACAAGAUCUGCAAGCGACCUUUGGUUGGAUUCUGACUGCACUUAUACCAACAUAACUUAGUUGACUUCAGUAGAACUACUCCUGAUUUAUAAAGAUAUCUGAGCACAGUUGGGCCUGUUGCCACCAUCUGUCUAUAAAGAACCUAGCAACAAAUAGUAAAUAAAGAUAAUUGAUCUUAAACCCACAUUCCUUUCCCUCAAUUUUCAACCUCUUUUAUCCUUCAAAUUAGGACAUUUAUUGUCUAUAUACUUAGACAGCCCCAUCGUUGUAAUGCUGAGCAACUCACAAACAAUGAAUUUAGCUCACAGCAUCCUUGGUAGGUAGCUCAGUAUUACAAUUCCCAUUUUACAGGUGUGGACUCAUAUAGAGAAAUAUUAUGGUUGGGAUUUUCAUAGAAGUCUAGGGGAGUUAGAUACCCACCACCAACUGUAUUUCAUUGUGAUUUGAGUCUUUAACUCCCUUAGGCUCUUUUCAAAUUCCCAGCCUAAGUAGCUUGCCCAGGGUCAGAAAGUCUGUAGCGGAGACUAGAUUUGAAUCCAGAUAUCCUGAGUUCCAGUUCAGAGUCUUAUCUGUAGGCUUGUACUUCCUUAUCCCCUCUAUCCAUGCAUGUAACUGUCAUGUAAUGAGUUGGACUAGAUUGUCACAACGGUCCCUUCUGGCUUUAUAAUCUAUGAAUUUUUGCAUCUCUGCCUGCUUCAACCAUGAGAAAAUAACUGACACUGUCCCAAAAGUUCAGACUAGGUACAGUAAUUUCAUGACAAAACCCCAACAAAACAAACUGAAACAAAAUCAAAUCAAAUGUUAAAAUUAAACAAAAAAAACAGAUUAAUUUUGAGAAGACAACAAUGUAAAUAGUAAAAGUAGCUAAUGACUAAUGACUGUUUUACUUGGAUUCUAUGUUUUAAAAUAAAUACCUAUGUGAAUGCUUUCCAGGUCUCACUUAACCACCAUGGAUAGGAAAAUAUUGUGAAAGCUUUAUUAGGUAUAGAGAAAAGUCAAUGGUUUAAUGGGAUGGAACAAUUAACCUGGCACUGGGCUAUACGUCUAUCCUCUGAAUGAUUCCACAUAUUUCCCUCUUGUGUUCCCAUCUGUCAACAAUUAAGCUAAAAUUGGUGGAAAUGCAAUUUAUCCUAGACAGCUCUGAUUAGUUUAGCGAUAGUUGGGUUGCAAGCAUAUGGAAACACUGCACACGAAUAAGAAUAUGUGGAAUAAUCAGCCCUUUUCACAUGUUUUAUGGGAGCAAAAGUUAGGUAACAUUAAUUAAUCAAAAUGAUUAUGUCUGACAUACACUUAUUUAUGGGAAAAUGUUUGCUGUUUUUCUUGCAGUUCAGAAUUCUUUGAUGCCAAAAAUGACAAAUUUCAAAUGUAUUGAUUUAUUCUAAACAAUUGUAACCUGUACAGAGGCAGACUACAGCUCAUUUUUACUCUGAUACUUUCUAACACUGGAAAUUAAAAUGCUUUUCUUUCUUUUAAAGCCUGGAAUUUAGAGUCUCCUACACACACACACACACACACACACACACACACACACACACACACACACACACCAGCUGUAGCUCCACAAAAGAAUUUUGAUUGUAGUGGUUAUCUUUGGAGAGCCGCAGAUUUCAGAUGGUGGCUAUCUUCCUAUAAUUUUAAAGGUAUGUCAUUAUGAUUGGCUAUUUAUACUGGUGAAAUUCACCCCAAAGAGAGGGGUAAAUUUCACCUAGUAAGAACAUCCACACACAACACCAGUA